AUGGACGACGGAAUAAUAUAUCAACUGGAAGAUGCGCAACAGUUCUGGGCAGAACUGGAUGAUAUCCUGACCAGAGGUGAUGGAAGUGCCGAAGUUGCGCGCGGAUGUAUUGAUUUAUAUAUUGGGCUUGUUGCUAGUCACCAAGACGACUUUCUAGACACCACAACUUCAGAUGACCUCGCCUCAUGUUGUUACAAGCUUCUUGAUUCCUCUUUAUUUUCUAAAUACAACUCCAAGAUCAUGGAAGGCAUCAUAGACCGUGCAGCUAGGCGUGAUGAUCUAAACGAUCUAUACGUGACUUAUCACAUUCUUCUACUCAGUGGGAAAGAAAAUCCAAAUAUUUUUAAGCUGGUGUUGGCAAGAAGAAAGCGUGAGAUAUUUGCAAAAUUGAAAAGACAGAUUUGUGAACUAGAAGGCAUGAUAGAUGCACCAUUCAUCAAUUACCUCGUGGAUCUCGUUGAAAAAACACGUGAUGACACAGAUGAGACGUUUAAUUAUUCAAUAUUAAAACUCAUUUUAGCAUUCAACGAACAAUUUAUGCGAUCUCCUUUACCGAACAGUGCUAAUAGUACUUCAUCUGCUACAGCCGUAAAACUUGGUAACGUGGUAUUGCAGGUGCUAGGGACGAGAAUCGGAACAAGCAAAACGUUUGGGGAAAACUUGAUAUUUAUGCUGAACCGUUGCGUGGAACCUAGCAUUCAAAUGAUAAUUCUCAAGCUUCUGUACGAGUUAUUCAAUACACCCCAAACUUACGAGUUUUUCUACACCAAUGAUCUAAGAGUGUUAUUAGAUGUAUUUAUACGGGAAUUAUAUAACCUACCGGAUGAGAGAGAAAACCUCCGAAACGUAUAUCUCCGAGUACUCUGUCCUCUUUUGCAUAACACUCAACUCUAUCAACUUCGCUAUAAGCAGCAUCAGAUAUACAGUUUGUUAAUGGACCUCGUUGGUGCGAAUACUCAAAAUUUGAAAACCGUCCCUAUCACAACUCAAGAACUAGUACGCGAUUGUCUAUUGGGAGGGUAUUUGGAUGGAUUCAUUCAGAAUGGAAAUGUAAGUGGUGAAAAUGUGAAUGGACGUGCUAAUGGGACCAAUGGUCAUACCGGAAAUAUCCCAGCUUCUUCUCAUGGAAAUGAUGGAACUAACGGCGCCAAUAACGCUGUUAUCGGUAAAAAUGCAACUGAUGGUGCUAAUAAUGCGGAAAAUAAAGCUGAAGGAGCUGUUGUUGCUGGAGCAUAG